AUGAAUAGAUUGAGCGAAGUAAUACUGGAUGGACCUGAUGUGGUUGUGAUAUCCGAUAGGCAUAAAAGUAUAUUGAAAGCUGUGAGAGAAGUAUAUAAACAAGCUGAUCAUGCAUACACGGAGAAGGAGUUUGAAGAGUUGUACUCUGAUUUCAAGAACAGGUAUCCCAAAGCGGCAGAGUACAUGGAAAAAGAAGAACUUGCUCCGGAGAAGUGGGCAAGGUGUAAAUUUCGGACUGAAAGAUAUAACUUAUUAACCACCAAUGGUGUCGAAUCAAUCAACUUCGUUUUGAAGAAGGCCAAAAGGUAUCCGCUACUCAGUUUGCUUGAUAUCUGUGUCGCGAAGACGGUAGAAUGGUUCAGUAGGUACAGGGUGGAAGCAUGUGGUGGCGAUGAUUCUCAAAAGUUAACUCCGUAUGUGUACAAAGCGCUGCAUGAACGGUUCGAGAAGGCCUGUAUGUAUGAGGUUAUUGAACUUAACAGGUUGAGUGGUAUGUUUGAGGCAAUGGAUGAAAAAGGUAGAAGACAUUUGGUAAAUCUUGGUGAUAGAACCUGUAGUUGCAGAAAGUUUGAUUUGGAUAGGUAUCCAUGUAGUCAUGCAAUUGCAGCAGCACAUAAGGUCGGAAAAGGUAUUGCGAUUCACGAAUUAUGCUCUGAAUACUACUGGCGAGAGACUUGGGUCAAGGCUUACCAAGAGACUGUGUAUCCCGUGCCCGAUAUUUGUGAUUGGCUUUCGAUCGAAAAAUGCUCAGAGAUUUUCAACUCGGAUUACUUCUCUGAACCAUUUCUAUGA